UACAAAAGUGGUGGACUGUCUAUGCUUUUAUUUUUUUUUAUCACUGCAUCAUGUCAUGGCUGAUAUGAAGCUUGAUUCCUUUCCUUGCAAAAGUGAGCUUGGUUUUCUUUGAAAGUGAAGAUUACCAAUGAUACUUCUUUAGUAAAAGGUGGAUUCAUCUGUGACAAAAUGAACGACGGGGAUUGGAUUUGCAGCGAUCCAAAUUGCGGAAACAUUAAUUUCGCGCGCCGCCUUUCAUGUUAUCGAUGUAAUAAGGAAAAGCCGGAGAGUACUAAAACUUUCAAAAAGAAACUGGGUACAGAAAUCGGAAAGUCUGCUGCGGAGAAAUCUCGGGGUCUUUUUAACGCAGACGAUUGGCAAUGCAACAAAUGUGCAAAUGUAAACUGGGCCCGGCGUCAAACUUGUAAUGUUUGUAAUGCACCGAGAUUCGGCGAGGUUGAAGCACGAACUGGAUAUGGUGGUGGGUAUAAUGAGCGUGGAGUAGUGGAAUAUAGAAGGAGAGAUUCAUCUUCAGAUGAUGAAUAUGAUGAAUUUGGAAGGAUAAAACGUAAACGCAAACAAGACUCAAAAGAUAAGGUUGGCAUCACUGAAGGAGCAGCAUUCAAUAAGUUGCCACCAACAAUGCUGCAGAUGGAUUCAAAACUGGAACAUACUAUUCCAGAGUCUUCUCCAAAUACAAAAUAUAGUAGAAAAGAGAAAACACAGGGUAGUUUAAGUGAUGGCUCUGUGUGUGAACUUCCUCCUUUGUCUAAAGUAAAUUUCAGGAGAUAUCAAUUUCAGAAUCAGACAAGUCACCACAGACAAGACCACAUGGUACCAGAAUAUAAAGCAAAUGGCAACCAGUUUCGUAAACGUUAUGUCAGUACUGGAGAUAAGGAUCAUACAGCAUCUUCUGGCUAUGACACUGGCUCAAAAAGAAGUAAACGAGACAGUAGUGGAUCACCGGUUAAAGGAGUUAACCCUGUAAUGGAGAAUAGAAUUACAUCAACAAACAAUAAUAUUGUAUAUAAAUUUACUGGUCCUACUCCAGCAGAAAGCUUUCAAGUUACAUACACACUGGAAGAACGAGUGCGAGCUGCAGCCUAUGCUCUUGUAUAUAAUAACUGUAAAAUUAGUACUGAGAGGUUUGAAACACUGUUUGAUAAACCUGCACCUGAUUUCAAAACAAUAUUUGGAUGGCGACAACGUCUUUUAUCUACUGGAUGUUUAGUUGAUAGUCACUUGGAGAUUAAUAAAGAUACUGAAACAGCAAAUAACAACAAAAAUGUCAAUAAUCCUGUGAUUGAUAAAUUAAGAAAUCCUGAUGAAAUUAAUAUUACAUCAGAUAGCGAUGCUGAUGAACCUCUUAAAGCAACACAAAUACAAAAUAAUACACUGCCGUCUUCUAGACCACGAAGUGUGAGUGCAGAAACACUGUUUAUAGGUGCCACCGAAGAUAAUAGGUUAGCUGGAAGCUCAGUCAGUACAGUAGAAGAGAGGAGAUCUCAAGCAAGAAGUCCAGUCAGUACCUUAGAAGAAAGAAGAUCACAAGCAAGAAGUCAAUCUGGAUCAACCCAUCAAAGAACACGUUCUAGCUCAUGUGACAGUCAAGAUUCUAAUUAUCCCGAUACUGAUUCAGAGCAGAUAGACAAAAAUAAAAAUGAUGCCAAAAUUUCAAAUUGUAAUAAAAAUAGUAUUGCAUCAAAGGUAUCUGUUCAUGAUUCUGGUUCAGAUUCCAUUUCAUACCAUAGUGAUGAAGAUAAUUUCUUGUCUAGGGUCUUUGGAGAUGGCAAGAAGAAACGUAAAGUUAAAAAACGACCAAUACCUACAGUUCCCAUGAAACCUACCAAUUAUGAAACAGUAGAAAAUCUCAACAGUUUUUUGGGAUAUAGCACAGUAAAGCCAACUGAGAAAUCGCCUUUAUCAACUGGAAAUAUUUAUACUGCUAAUUUGCGCAAUAUGAAUGUUAGAGGUGAAAAUAUCAAUUUAGACACAGAUGCAUGUUCAACUGAAUAUGUUCCAUCCAGAAUAGGUUCAAGCACUAAAAAUUAUGAAGAGUUCAAGAAUAAUGUGAGAAGAAAAGGGUAUUGGGCAAAGGGUAAUGGCACAGCCCUAGGAAAAAUGGCUCAUAUGUCAAGACCACCAAUAAGCCAAAGUUUUAACAGACUACCAAAACAAAAUUUCUCAACACCAAAUCAUGGAUAUUUAUCGUCCCAAAAACCUCAGAUUAAUCAACCAAUAUAUAGAAAUAAAAAUGAUGAUUUUACUAAAAAUAAUUUUGAUAAUUUUAGAAAUGACGAUCAAUUUUUGUGUUUUGAUAAACCUUAUCAAAAGAUCACUACAACUGUGCCAGAAAAAACACAAUUAAUAUCACAUACCUUAGAUGUUGUUCAGGCUAACUCUAUACCUUUGCCAGAAAAAAUACCCAAUGCUCACACAAAUUCUAAAAUUUUGCCUGAAAAAUCACCUACACUAAUGUCACGUAUUUUUGAUGUAGUUCAGCCUGACUCCAUACCUAUGCCUGAAAAAUCACCAGAGGGAAUAUUGCGUACAUUUGAUAUGUCUCAGUCCAUCUCCAUACCUAUGCUUGAAAAACCUGAAUCAAUAACUGGUUUUUUUGAUGGCAUCCAGUCCAACUCUCAACCUGAAAAAACACCUGAAGUAACUAAAUCACAUAUUUUUGAUGUCAUUCAACCUGACUUCAUUGCAAUGCCCGAAGAAACGACACGUGUUUUUGAUAUUGUUCAGACUAAUUCAUUCUCUAAAAAUCGUAGUAUUUUGGAUAUUUUUAAUGACCAAAAUCUAGAAGAAAGGAGUCCAGAAAGAAAUGAUGAUUUAGAAAAGUAUGCUAAUACUCAAAAAGUGUUUGAAACUCAAUGGGACGAUGAUGAUGAUGCUCUCUAUAAAAACUCUGAUGAUGAUAAUGAUGAUACAACUGUAGAACAUCAGUCAAAUGCACAAUUCAUCACCAAUAAAUCUGAAAGUCCUACAUCUGACAUGUUGUAUGCAAUUGACAAUGAAGCAAAAGCUGGCAAUACACCUACAAACAUAACACCAGAUUUUAUAAGUAACAAACAUGACAAUCUUGUAGGUCUCUUGAAAGAUAUGCAGUCUGUUAAAGGCAUAGAAUCUGAAAAUAUUACUAGUUUACCAGUCUCUGAACACAUAUUUGCACAAAACAUACUUGUUGACAAAUGUCGUUCUCCACAGAAACCAUGCAAACUAAUAAAAACACAGCCAGAUCCCAUACCAAUGGAGCUUUCUAAUGACAUAAUACGUAUUUCUGAAGAGACUAUGAAUGUAGAAUCUCAAGGAACUUCGCCAAAAGUAAUUAAUAAUCAGAGAAAGGUACAUGUAUUGGAAUCUAUCACUAUUCGUCCUGGCACUAAAACAGACCAAAAUAUUUCAUUCCAUCCCAAUACUGAUAAACCAGACCAAAAUAAUUUUUUUACGAAUAAUGAAAAUAAUAUUAUACAACAACACUUAUCAAAUCAUAGCAAUGUGACUAAUACAUCUCAAGUAUCAGAAUAUGCACAGGCAGAAACUCAAAACAAACCAAAUCAAAUGCCUAUCGAACAGCCGAAACCUGUAGGCAAUAUUGAUUUUUCAAAUAUAUUAGCUGGAAUUAAUACCAAUACAAUUUUGUUAGCUCUACAAAAUCUACAGCAUAUAAAUCAAGGAUCUUUAACACAAACUGCUGAGAAAGUUAAUGAGAUCAAUAAUGUAAGUGAUGAAGUGGAACAAGUAGAGACCAUUAACUUAACAAAUGACGAGGAAUGGGAAAGAGAAUCUAACGAUGAUGGCAUUGAAAGGGAAUUGCAAAAAUUAGAUGGUAACACUGGUGACACUCCUUUUUUAAGUGAUAUUUUCGAUCCUGGACCAGUGGUCCCACCAAAUAUGACAAAUAAUAAGCUUAAUAUAAAUCUAAAAAAUCCUGAUGUGAACAAAUCGGAUGUACAAAAACCACAUUUAAAUGAGAAUGCCCCUGUUAUUGGGAAUUUCAAAAGUUUUGCUUUACCAAAACCAAUUUUACUUAAUAGGUUAAAGUUAGCUGUAAAGCCUUCUGAUUGCACUAAAAAACGCUCUACAAAUGGAAUGAAGAGAAGGAAGAAAAAGAGCAAGUCGGCAUCACAGAAUGAAGAAGAAGGCGAAGAAGAAGACGAAGAGGAGUCUGGAGAUGAAGCAGACUUGUCAAAAUAUGACUUAUGGGGCAGUGAUACAGAAGUAAAUGCUUCUAAAGCAGGUAAUUAGGCAAAUAUCUAUUUCAAAAGCGAUUUUAAAAACUAUUCCUUAUCUUAAAAGAAACGCUUAAUUUGCCUUGGU